AUGGAGGGGAAGGGCAUUGGGACGACGAAAAGUGGAGGGGGUCAGGUGAUGGACGGUUCAGAUAUAAUGGAGUUGGUUGGGAAUGAGCAAGUUUUUAGUAACUUUGUGGAUCAUAAGUUCCAAGAACUGGACACAGACUGUGACGGUAAGCUUUCGGUGAGCGAGUUACAGCCUGCUGUGGCUGAUAUUGGUGCUGCUCUGGGUUUGCCUGCUCGCGGCUCUUCUCCCGAUUCUGAUCAUAUCUAUUCCGAAGUUCUUAAUGAAUUCACUCAUGGAAAACAAGAAAAAGUAAGCAAGACUGAGUUUAAAGGCGUUCUUUCGGAUAUUCUACUAGGCAUGGCUGCUGGUUUGAAGCGAGAUCCUGUUGUGAUUCUCCGCAUUGAUGGGGAAGACCUUCUCGAGUUUAUUAAGUGCCCAAUUUUUGAGCCAGAGAUGGUUUCCAUAUUCUUAGAGAUUGAGCUGCCUGAUGGAUCCCUUCAAGAUUACUUUGUCAAGGCUUUUGAGAAGCUCACUGUCGACCAGGGGAUGCCUCCUGCUGCAGAUACUUGGGUUAGAAGCAACAUUGUGGAACCGGCAUUACAAUCCUUUGGUGGUGUUCAUGAGCCACCCAUUGCUCAAGAGGAAUUUUUGGUUGAGUUUAAGAAAGUAGCGGAGAGUGUGGCUCAACAUCUUAAAGAGCAGCCUGUAAUUGUUGCUCACAGUGAGAACAACUUUGAUGGAAGUGGCAUUAAGAGACUGCUAUCUAACAAUUUCGAAUUAGACAAGACACUGGAUGCUGCUUUAAAAGAUGCGCCUAAAGAUCACACUGGGAAAAUGUCGAAGGAAUAUCUGCGAGUGGCGCUUGAUGUAGUGGCCCCAUCAGCUGGCUUACCUCCAUUAGGUGCAGUUUAUCUGGUGGACAGGGUAGUUACUGAAGUCUUCAAAGUGUUCGACGCUGAUGAUGGGAAGUUGGUUAAAGAAGAUGAGUUCAAGAAGAUAUUGACCGAAAUACUGUGGAGCAUCAUGCUGGAAUUGGAGGACAAUCCUAUUUCAGUUUCUACAAAUUCAGUGGUACAUGAGCCGCUUGCCACUUCUUCCACACUGUUGCAGCCAUCUUCUGAUAACGUUGCGUAA